CAUCAUGUAUUAUCGACUCGUUAGUAAUUGUAUACGUUGGCUUUUAAAGUUCUUGAUGCUCACCUCAUCAUCAUCCUUCAAGAGAAUUAAUUCUCUGAGACAAUUGCUUGGUGGUUUGGGGGAUAGAGGAGAUAAGAAAAAUCUAUCAGUGAUGGGUGGUAAUGAAGAUGAUGAUAAUCCUACCAUUGAUGAUCAACCAUUUACUCCUUGGAUUGUAUCUGUUGCCAGUGGUCACAUGUUGUUGCGCGACCCGCACUAUAACAAAGGGCUUGCUUUCACCGAGAAGGAAAGAGAUGCUCAUUACCUGCGAGGGCUUUUGCCUCCCGCAGUAUUCACUCAGGAACUUCAAGAAAAAAGAACAUUGCACAUACUACGCCAAUACCAAGUUCCGUUGCAUAGAUACAUAGCCAUGAUGGAUCUCCAGGAGAGAAACGAAAGACUAUUUUACAAGCUUCUAGUUGAAAACGUCGAGGAACUACUCCCAAUCGUUUACACACCAACGGUGGGUGAAGCUUGCCAGAAAUAUGGCAGUAUUUACCGGCGUCCACAAGGGCUUUACAUCAGUUUGAAAGACAAGGGGAAGAUUCUUGAGGUGAUGAAAAAUUGGCCGGAGAAGAACAUCCAAGUUAUUGUGGUAACUGAUGGCGAGCGGAUAUUGGGGCUAGGUGACCUUGGUUGCCAGGGGAUGGGGAUACCUGUUGGAAAACUUUCUUUGUACACUGCACUUGGAGGUGUUCGCCCUUCUGUUUGCUUGCCCGUAACCAUUGACGUUGGCACCAAAAACGAGAAUUUGCUGAACGAUGAGUUCUACAUUGGUCUCAAACAAAAAAGAGCAACUGGGGAGGAAUACGACAAUUUAUUAGAGGAAUUCAUGACUGCGGUGAAGAACAACUAUGGAGAAAAAGUCCUCAUUCAGUUUGAAGAUUUUGCCAACCACAACGCGUUUGAUUUGCUGAUUAAAUACAGAACAAGUCAUCUUGUUUUCAAUGAUGAUAUUCAGGGCACGGCAUGUGUCGUUUUGGGUGGUUUGCUUUCGGCUUUGAAGUUACUUGGGGGGACUCUUUCCGAUCACACAUUCUUAUUUCUAGGUGCCGGAGAGAACAGUACCGGCAUAGCAGAGCUUAUUUCGCUUGAGAUAUUGAAGAAGACAAAAGCGACAGUGGAAGAAUCCCGUAAGAAAAUUUGGCUCGUUGACUCCAAGGGAUUGCUUGUGAGCUCACGAAAAGACUCCCUUCAACAUUUCAAGCAACCAUGGGCUCAUGACCAUGAACCGGUGACGGGACUCUUGGAAGCCGUCAAGGCAAUCAAGCCAACGAUAUUAAUAGGAACAUCAGGAGCUGGGAAACAAUUUACAAAAGAAGUUAUCGAAGCCAUGGCAUCUAUAAAUGCAAAACCGCUCAUUAUGGCUCUAUCUAAUCCGACGUCACAAUCCGAGUGUACCGCUGAAGAAGCUUAUACGUGGAGUCAAGGUCAUGCGAUUUUUGCUAGCGGAAGCCCGUUUGAUCCCGUUACAUACGAUGGCAAAGAGUUCGUGCCUGGUCAGGCAAACAAUGCUUACAUAUUUCCGGGAUUUGGUUUGGGAUUGAUCAUGUGUGGUGCGAUUCGCGUGCAUGAUGAGUUCCUUUUGGCAGCCUCGGAAGCUUUGGCAUCUCAAGUGACCGAAGAAGACUAUGCCAAGGGUAUUAUCUAUCCACGUUUCAAGAAUAUCAGAAAGAUUUCAGCGCAUAUUGCUGCAAAGGUAGCUGCUAGGGCCUAUGAACUUGGUUUGGCAUCUCAUCUCCCUCGGCCUAGCGAUCUUAUUAAAUUCGCAGAGAGUUGCAUGUAUUCUCCAAACUAUCGUAGUUAUCGUUAACGUUUGUUUUAGGUUAAAUUUGUUUGAUUCAUUCUUUUUACUAGCUUUAUUAAUUAGGCUUAAAGUUAUGUGUAUCAAGAAUCGUACAAUGCUAUCCAGAUGAUGAAUCAAGUGUUCUCUUGUUAGGUU